AUGCCUCCAAAGAAAGAUGCUGCUUCCUCUGGCGGCAAAGGGGAAGGCCGUGGACAGAAUGGCAAUCGACCGGGGUUCCGGACCGACACGGCCAUUUCAAACAGAGCAGCGGUAGGGGAACGAGUCCUCCAGCCCUGGGUUCCAGAUUCUAGUGAUGGUCUUGAUGCCAGUCUAGAGGGAACAAGCGGCAAGGGUGCUUGGGACCAAUUCGCGGCAAACGAGCGACUCUUUGGACUCAAAACCGACUACGACGAAAACAUCUACACGACUGCUAUCAACAAGAGUCAUCCCCAGUAUCGCGAAAGAAUAGCCGCAGCUGAGAGGAAGGCGCGCGAGAUUGAACGAAGUGCCCCUACCACUGCGCAUGUGGCUGAGGAGCGAGUGAUGGACUACAAUGGCCCUAGUGGUGGAGACGAUACCGAGGAAGACAAGUACAGUGGCGUCCGCCGGCAAGACUUUCCACCCCUUAGUGGCGGCCGGGAGAACAGAUAUACACCUCCCGCGAAGAGGGCACCCGCUGCGCAGUCAAACGUUAAAGGCGCUCCUGUGGACCCUGCGAUCAUUUCCUCACAGAUCAAAGCACCCUAUAAGAAGCAGACACCCUCUCCCUCUGAGCCGUCUCAAGGACAACCUCCCAAUCCCAACAAGAACGAAAGCAGCAAAAAUCACACAGCUAAAGUCGCAGACUCGCAACCUGCUCGCGAUAAGCCCACGGAGACCACAGCAGCACAGCCGAAAGACUCUAAGACGUCGGGGGCCAAAGUCAGCGAGAGCCCUCCAGCCGCUCCUAAUUCCACCUCCCUCGGUCCCAAACCGGUACAUGGUACCACUGACAAGAUCACCCCUACCAGCGCCACUUUAACUGUUGAGCGUGACGUGUUGAACUCCUUCAAGACUUUCGCUACUCAACAGAGGAUGAAUGCUGAAAAGGUUCGAAACAGCAAGGCCAAGGCAGACAAAGAGUUUAAGCUCACCGAGUUGCGAAAAUUUGCUACCAAUUUCAAACUCUCAACGCCUGUUCCGAACGAUCUCGUGUCUAUCAUUGCCAAAGAUCCGGUAAAGCAAAAGGAAAUUCAAGCUCGGGCAAUCAAGAACGCUGAAGAAGUCGCUAAGGCUAAAGUUGACGCUUCUUCCAAAAGCUCACCAGCCAGCGGUAAAGGGACUCCCCCAAAGAGCAGUGAGCAAGGUACUACUCUGAGUAGUAUUACCGACCCGCGAAACUCUCGUGCUCCUGCAGGACCACAAGGAACCUCACCAGCUGCUGCGCCGAGCCGUCACCCCGGACCCCGCCAACCAUACCCUCAGCAGUACCACGGGCAAGGAUAUAGAAACCGUGGUGCUCAACCAAACAUGUCUCAGCCCCCUGGCAACCUCGCUCAACGGCUGCGCAAUGUCGAGCAGCAAAAGUUCUCGCAGCCACCCACGGUCCAGCAACCGCCCACUGGUCAGGACGCACGCGCACCACCCACUGGACCUGCCGGCACGAAUGACGCAAACUUCAACCGUCGUCACGGCGCUCUGCCUGGCCACAUGAGUGUGAAGUUGAAUCCCAACAGCCAUGAGUUCCGACCAAGUCCCUUUGCGCCUUCUUUCAAUCCCAACAGCCACGCUAGUGCAAGCUCGAGCCCGCGCUCUGCUGCCAACAAUGUCCCUGACGCAAGCGCGUUCACCGGGCAGCUUAUCCGACGCAAGACCAAGGCUAUCGAUCCCACCAAGUACUGCAUUCUUUCUCGCAUCAAAAAGAUAGCUCCCCCUCAAGGCCGUCAUUGGGAUGACAAUGGGGGCCUGCGCCCUUCUUAUGAUACUCUUCCCACUUGGCGAAGCCUUCUGGAUGACGAGAAGACCGACUCGACAAUGCACCUCACGUACAAGGAGCUUCUUGAACGAAGCCCCUUCUCCGGACCUGCAAUGGCAACACCGAAUCCUCCGCACGCUGUUCCCCUUAUUGCACACCAACACCAGCUGCCAUUCCAUUUACAACAGGGCUCGCACAACAUGGGCCAGCGUCAGUCUCCCGCCAUCCCACCGAUGCAAAUGCACACGCCUCAUCAUGGCCCUGGCCCUCAUGGCCAGUAUGGAAACGAUGAUCACCGCAUGAUGCACUCUAACUCGCAGCAGUCUUUCGCGUCGCCCCGCAUGGCACAAAUGCCUAUGGCCUACAACUCGCCUAGUCAGAUGCCAUACAACCAGCCAGUGUACAUGGGCGGCGGCGCACCACAGAUGAACCAGUACCGGAGCUUUUCCAACAACCUUGCUCACUACGGACCACCACAGGGACCUAUGAUGAUGCAGCCUCACUUCAUCCAUGCGCCGCAGGGAAUGGUUGGUGGUCCCCAGAUGAUGUAUCCUGGCGCACAUGGACAGUUCAUGCCGCCCACUGGCCCGCCACAGCCUGGCCCUGGAGCAAACGGUUACCCAAGCCCGGGACGGCCUUCGGCCCCCUCGAUGGUUCACCAAGGAUCACAGCAGGGCCAGCCCAUGUAUGCCAUGAGUCCAAGUGUGCAGUAUAACCAGCCUGUCUACGGUCAAGUGCAGGGUGGCGCGCCAGGCCAGUGA